UUCUUAAUCAUCUCUUUCUCUCUCACUCUGUUGCGCAUUCAUUCAUUUCAUGUCUCUCUAAUGGCAGAACACCAUCUUUGUCACUCAAAACCCCUCUCUCUUCACCUCUUUCAAUUUCAAAUAUAUUCACCCCAAAAUCUCUUCCUUUUCCUUAACCCUUAAACCUAACCUCCUCCACCAUUACCCCCCACCCCAAAAAAAAUGCUCUUCCAUUUCCUCUCCUUUCUCCUCCUCCUCUUCUUCUUCUUCACUUUCCCUUCACUUUCCCUGUCUCUCAACCAAGAAGGUCUCUACCUUCUCCAACUCAAAUCCUCGCUUUCCGACCCAGACUCCGCCCUUUCUUCAUGGAACCCUCGCCACCCCACUCCAUGCAACUGGCGCGGUGUUUCUUGCGACGCCGCCACCGCUUCCGUCACUUCCCUUGACCUCUCCAACGCUAACCUCGCCGGUCCUUUCCCUUCCUUCCUUUGUCGCCUCCAAAACCUUUCCUACAUUAGCUUCUAUUUCAACAAUAUCAAUUCCACCAUACCCGACAUCUCCACGUGUCGAAAUCUCGUCCACCUUGAUCUCUCUCAGAACCUUCUUACCGGUGAGCUUCCUCACACUUUGGCUGACCUCCCUAAUCUUAAAUACCUUGAUUUGACCGGUAAUAAUAUCUCCGGUGAUUUUCCGGCGUCGUUUGGACGGUUUCAGAAGCUCGAGGUUUUGUCCCUCGUUUACAAUCUGCUAGACGGGACUAUCCCUGCUUUUUUGGGGAACAUUAGUACGCUUAAAAUGUUGAAUUUGUCGUACAACCCGUUUAGUCCGGGUCGGAUCCCGCCGGAGCUUGGGAACUUGACCAACUUGGAGAUUUUGUGGCUCACCGAGUGUAAUUUAGUCGGCGAGAUACCUGACUCACUGGGGAAACUCAAGAAACUUGCUGAUUUAGACCUUGCACUUAACCAUUUGGUCGGGAAUAUACCGAGUUCGCUCACGGAGUUGGUCAGUGUAGUUCAGAUUGAGCUCUACAACAACUCGUUGACGGGCGAGUUACCUCGCGGGUUCUCGAAUUUAACCAACCUGAGACUCCUCGACGUGUCGAUGAACCGGUUAACUGGGAAGAUUCCGGACGAGCUAACUCGGCUACCACUUGAAAGUCUCAACCUUUACUCCAACAACUUGGAAGGAACAUUGCCAUCGAGUAUCGCUGACUCACCAGCUCUGUACGAACUCAGAAUCUUUCAGAACCGACUCACUGGUGAGUUACCUCAAAAUCUCGGCAAAAACUCACCGCUCAGAUGGUUCGAUGUGUCCAGCAACCAAUUCACCGGCCCAAUCCCACCCAGCUUAUGCGAGAAAGGGAAGCUAGAAGAGAUGCUAAUGAUAUACAACUCGUUUUCAGGUCAAAUACCGUCGAGUUUAGCCAACUGCAGGAGCCUGAAUCGGAUCCGACUCGGUUACAACAAAUUAUCCGGCGAAAUACCCACCGGAUUUUGGGGUCUCCCCCAUGUUUAUUUACUUGAACUCGUUAACAACUCGUUCUCUGGACCAAUUGGGAAAUCAAUUGCAAAUGCUGCAAAUUUGUCCCUUUUGAUUAUAUCUAGAAACGAGUUCAAUGGUUUCUUGCCUGAAGAACUCGGUUUAGUUAAUAACUUAGCUAAACUCUCUGCUAGUGACAACAAGUUCAAUGGGGCAUUGCCUAAAGGUAUAGUAAACCUUGAUGGAUUAGGGAUCCUUGAUCUUCAUGGGAAUGAAUUAGAAGGUGAAUUGCCUAAUGGGAUCGAUUCGUUGAAGAAAUUAAACGAGUUGAACUUAGCUAACAACAAGUUUUCUGGGAAAAUCCCAGAUGGAAUCGGUAGCUUAUCGGUGUUGAAUUAUCUCGACUUGUCCGAUAAUCAGUUAACCGGAAGAAUCCCACUCGCUUUGCAGAGUUUGAAGCUUAAUCAGCUUAACCUCUCGAAUAAUUUGUUAUCUGGUGAGUUACCGCCUUUGUUCGAUAAAGACAUGUACAAAAACAGCUUCUUGGGGAACCCUGGUUUAUGUGGGAAUUAUAGUGGUUCGUGUGGUGGUAAGGAUGAAGAUAAGCAUAAAGGUUAUGUUUGGUUACUUAGAUCCAUUUUUAUACUAGCUGGUUUGGUGUUUGUUGUUGGUGUGGUUUGGUUUUACUUGAAAUAUAGGAAUUAUCAGAAAGCUAAGGCCAUUGAUAAGUCUAAAUGGACUUUAAUGUCAUUCCAUAAAUUGGGUUUUAGUGAGUAUGAGAUAUUGGAUUGUCUUGAUGAAGAUAAUGUGAUAGGGAGAGGAUCUUCGGGUAAAGUUUACAAGGUCGUGCUUAGUAGCGGUGAGGCUGUUGCCGUGAAGAAGCUUUGGGGUGGUUUGAAAAAGGGUUGUGACAGUGUAGAUCUUGAGAAAGGUCAUGCUGAGUCACAGGUUCAGGACGACGGGUUUCAAGCUGAGGUUGAGACAUUAGGGAAGAUUAGGCACAAGAACAUUGUUAAGUUAUGGUGUUCUUGUACUACCCGGGAUUGCAAGCUUUUGGUGUAUGAGUACAUGCCGAAUGGUAGCUUGGGUGAUUUGCUGCAUAGCUGCAAAAGUGGUUCACUCGGUUGGCCGACGAGGUACAAGAUUAUCGUGGAUGCAGCCGAGGGACUUUCGUAUUUGCAUCAUGAUUGUGUGCCUCCGAUUGUGCACAGGGAUGUCAAGUCCAAUAAUAUCUUAUUGGAUGGUGACUUUGGCGCUAGAGUGGCGGAUUUCGGAGUUGCCAAGGUGGUUGAUGCGGCUGGAAAGGUUGCUAAGUCUAUGUCUGUCAUUGCCGGAUCUUGUGGUUACAUUGCUCCAGAGUAUGCGUAUACGCUUCGGGUGAACGAGAAGAGUGACAUAUACAGUUUUGGAGUAGUAAUACUCGAGUUAGUCACAGGCAGACUCCCAAUCGACCCGGAGUUUGGCGAGAAGGACCUCGUAAAGUGGGUCUGCACCACUCUAGAUCAAAAAGGAGUGGACUAUGUCCUCGAUUCCAAACUCAAUCCAUGUUUCAAAGAAGAAAUGUGUAAGGUCCUCAACAUCGGUCUCCUUUGUACAAGUACACUCCCGAUCAACCGACCGUCGAUGAGAAGGGUGGUUAAGUUGCUGCAAGAAGCCGGUGCUGAGAACCAGCUGAAGGCUGCCAAAAAGGACGGGAAAUUAACUCCUUAUUACUACGAAGACGGCUCGGAUCAAGGAAGUGUAGCUUGACAAAAAAAUAUUUUUUCACCCCCAUAGCUUGUUGCAAAAACAAGGUCACAAAGUGAGACACACAGCCCCUAAUUGUUUUUGCUCUCAAGUUUUUGCCUUUCAUUGUUACCCUACUUGAUGUUUUGCUUUUACAGGCUUGGUUUAGUGGGGAAGAAAAGAGAUUUGGGGAUGAAAUUUUCGCAGUGAAAAAGAUAGAUUCAUUAAGGAGUUAAUGGACCAAACUGUAAAUUGUAUUAACAAUUAAGGUCUUGAAAAUGAUUUUGAAUUCCCACACUAAUGAAAGUGAUGCUGCAGAUUUAUUAUGUCCACCAACUGCCUUACUACACCGUGUCCUAGUCUAAACCCAAAUUCUAUCUUUUUUGGGUUCUAAUUCUGCUAUUAGUCCUUGUACUCUAUGUAAGUUGUGAAUUUGAUCUUUGUACUUUAAUUUAACCAAUCAUAGUUUAUAAUUUUUGUA